AUGUCGACAGUUACUCUCAACUCAACAACAGCCUCUACGCUCGUACAAGGCUCACCGGGGAACGUUAGCAACUCCGCCCAAGAAAAACGACGCCUACGAGUCGACGAUACAUUCAUGGACGGACUUUCCAGCAUUGACGGAUCUGGCUCGACCAUAGGCCGAGGUGCUCCCAUGCAAGGUAUCCCAACUUUCUCCAACCCAUACGACGAGCGAAAGUGGGCUCUGGAACGCAUGGCCGGCGCCUUCAGGGUAAUGGCCCGAAAGGGCUACGGCGAAGGAACCGCAGGUCACAUCAGUAUUCGGGAUCCGGUCGACCCUGACACCUUCUGGAUUAAUCCCCUUGCUCGUCACUUUGGUCUUAUGAAAGUGAGCGACAUGGUUCAGGUCAACAUGAAAGGGGAGAUUAUUGGUGGCAAUCGAGCUGCUAUCAAUACCGCCGGCUUCAGUAUCCACUCCGCUCUACACGAUGCUCGCCCCGAUGUCAACGCAGCUUGCCAUUUCCACAGUGUUCAUGGCAAGGCCUGGUCUUGCUUUGGUCGGCCCCUGGAGAUGUUGAAUCAAGAUGCAUGUAUAUUCUACAAAGACCACGCAGUCUACGACAUGUUCGGAGGGAUCGCUUUUGAGGCAGACGAGGGCAAGAGGAUUACUGCUGCUCUGGAUGACAAGCGAUGCGCCAUUUUGAAGAAUCACGGACUUUUGACGACGGGGAGAACGGUUGAUGAAGCUGCUUACUUGUUCACUCUGCUGGAAAACACCUGCCGCGUGCAGCUUCUGGCAGAGGCUGCCGCUGCUUCGGGCAUUGAGAAGCAUAUUGUCCCGGACAAGGAGGCAGGUUAUACCUACAAGCACUCGACGCCUGAAGCUAUGUGGUUGGAGUUUCAACCUGAUUAUGAGUACGAGUUAGUUGCCUCGGGAGGGGACUUCUUGAACUAG